AUGUCCACCAUUAGAUACCUUAUUGCUGUGGUAGCAAGCAAAAGAUGGUCGUUAUACCAACUAGAUGUAAACAACGCUUUCUUACAUGGAGAUUUAAAAGAAGAAGUCUACAUGCAAGUCCCUCAAGGUUAUGGCAACAUUAGAGACAAAGUUUGCAAACUCAAAAAAUCUUUGUAUGGCUUAAAGCAAGCCUCAAGACAAUGGUUUGCCAAAUUAGUCAAUGAACUCAUAAGUCAAGACUACCAACAAUCCAAAAGUGACCAUUCUCUAUUCACAAAAAGAGAAAAAGACAAUUUAACUAUCCUAGCAAUCUAUGUUGAUGACAUUAUCCUAACAGGGAAUAGUGAUACUGAGAUCAAAAACAUCAAAGCUCACAUUGACACUGCCUUUAGCAUUAAAGACUUAGGAAAGUUGCACUUCUUUCUUGGGAUAGAUUUAAAUUACCUUGAUGGAGGGAUAGUCUUGUCCCAAAACAAGUUUAUCAAAAGCUUACUAAAAGAACACUAUCAAGACAAAACUACUAGGCAGACCUUGACACCCCUUCCUAUUCACUUAAAGCUAUUAGCUCUUGAAGGAACAUUGAUGGAUGAUCCAACACCAUACAGAAGCAUAGUAGGAAAGCUCAAAUACCUUACAAACACUAGACCAGAUUUGGCCUAUGAUGUCCAGACUCUGAGUCAAUUCAUGCAGAAACCUAGAGACUUCCAUUGGAAAGCUCUACAUCACACUCUAUCCUACGUGGAAAGAACUUGUGGCCAAGGAAUCUUGCUCAAAGCAACAAACAAAAUCACUGUCCAAGCCUUCUCAAAUAGUGACUGGGGAUCGUGUAUUGACUCUAGAAGAUCAAUCACUAGAUACCUCAUAAUGCUUGGACAAUCACCAGUCUCAUGGAAGUCAAAGAAACAAGGGACGGUAUCAAGAUCCAGCUCAAAGGCAGAAUACAGAGCCAUGGCCUCUAUAGCAGCUGAGAUCACAUGGAUUAAUCUAGUGUUUCAUGAUAGGAGAAAACACAUUGACGUGGACUGCCACUUUACCAGAGACAAAGUGCUAGAAGGUUUGAUUCAACUAUCUUACCUUCCCACAAAGCAUCAAUUAGCUGAUGUUUUAACAAAAGUUCUUCCUUCUCCUCAGUUUCAAACACUCCUAACCGGACUAGGAAUGGUCACACCCCAUUCCAGUUUGAGGGGAGAUGUCAAGAAUAGGAGUGCUUACCAUACAAAGCCUAACAACUAA